AUGGAACAUGCAUCGGAGGUUCCUAAGCAACAUGGUUUUGAAGAUGGAAGUGAUGGAGACAUGAAUUCUGAAGAUGAGGCAGGAGUUUCAGUUGAAAAUGAUCUUGUGUCGCAAGCAGAAGAGGAGGACAUUGAAGCUCUUCUAGGCACAUAUGUGAUGGGUAUUGGGGAAGCAGAAGUCUUUUCCGAAAGGUUAAAACGGGAACUUCAUGCUCUUGAAGCAGCAAACGUGCAUGCAAUUUUGGAAAGCCAGCAUUUGGUAGAUGAGGUGUUGAAGGGGCUUGAGUCAGCUACAACUCGUGUUGAAGAUAUGGAUGAAUGGCUCGCAUUGUUUAACGUUAAACUCAGACAUAUGCGAGAGGAUAUAGAAGCGAUAGAAUCAAGAAACAACAAGUUGGAAAUGCAGUCUAUGAAUUAUAAAGCUUUAAGUGAGGAACUAGAUAACCUUCUUGAGAGACUUCAUAUCCCUUUAGAGCUUUCAGAUUGCUUAGCUGGCGCCUCAUUUGAUGAUGCAUCCUUAGAUAAACAUAUUGAAGCAUGUGAUCAAUUAAGAGAUGCUCUUCGUGGUUUUGAACCACCUGCUAUGGAUCCAAGCUUUUCCAAAAUUAGAGCUGUGAGAGAAAAGAGGGCAGAACUUGACAUAAUAAAAUUGACUUUUGCAAGAAAAGCGUGUCAGUAUUUGAGAGACUAUUUUGCCAAUUCAGUGGAUUCCAUGAUGAAUGAUAAAAGCUUCUUCUCUCAGCGUGGUCAACUAAAGAAACCUGAUCAUACCAAUUUCCGAAAUAAAUGCAAGAAAUAUGCUCGUCUUUUGCAUCACCUAAAGUUUCUUGAUAAAAAUAGUAUGGCUCCUUUGAGGAAAGCAUAUUGUGGGUCCCUUAAUAAACUUUUACGCCAUGAGGCUCGUGAAUUUUCUAAUGAGCUUAGGGCUGGAACUAAAGCACCAAAGAUUCAAACUGCAUGGUUUGAGGGUCCCACUCCCAACCAAAAUGUUGACACUUCAAAUAUUUCUGAAGCAUAUACCAAAAUGCUUGAUGUAUUUGUCCCACUCCUUGUUGAUGAGAGUGUAUUUUUGUCACGCUUCUUGCGCUUUGAAGUUUCUUCACCUGAUGAUAAUGGCAGUGAUGAUGAUGAUGAUGAUUUAGACAUGGAAAAUGACGAAAAGGGUAUACCAUUGGAGAUGGGGACAUUAAAUGAAUCACUUCGUGAUUUACUUGAUGGAAUACAAGAGGACUUCUAUGCAAUUGUGGAUUGGGCACACAAGAUUGAUCCUUUGUUGUGCAUAUCAAUGCAUGGUAUAACAGAGCAAUAUAUAAAUGAUCAGAAAUCUGAGGUAGCUGGAUACGUACGCCUCUUACUUGAUGCCAUGGAAGAUCGAAUGGAUACACUCUUUAUUCGUUUUAUAGAUGAAGCUCGACACCAGAUAGAGAAGUAUGACCGAAAUGUUAAACAGACAGGUGUCAUGGCAUUUGUACCAAGAUUUGCUCUGCUUGCCACCCGCAUGGAGCAAUACAUCCAGGGGCAGUCUAGGGAAUUGGUAGAUCAGGCCUACAUGAAAAUUAUUGGUAUAAUGUUUGUGACUCUGGACAAGAUUUCCCAAUCAGACCUAAAACACUUGGACAUUUUUCUGUUAGAGAACUAUGCUGCAUUCCAAAAUAGUCUGUAUGACUUGGCGAAUUGUGUGCCAACUUUAGCGAAAUUUUAUCAUCAAGCAAGUGAAUCAUAUGAACAGGCUUGUGCACAUCAUAUCAGUGUUGUAAUUUACUAUCAAUUUGAGCGUCUUUUCCAGUUUGCUAGAAGAAUUGAGGAUUUGAUGGUAACUAAUGCUCCAGAAGAGAUCCCAUUCCAAGUUGGAUUGACAAAAACCGACCUUAGAAAGGUGGUAAAAUCCAAUUUAUCAGGGGUGGAUAAGCACAUUGCUGCAAUGCAUAAGAAACUAGUCAAGAAUUUGACCUGUGACGAAUUGAUACCUACACUAUGGGACAAAUGCAAGAAAGAAUAUAUGGAAAAAUAUGAAACAUUUGCUCAACUUGCCUCCAAGAUCUACCCAAAGUUAUUCUUCAGGUUGAAGGGGUUCAAUUUGGUGGGACAUUGUUUGAGUUACAUGACUUCAUUGGGAUUAGCAAAUUGAAGCUUUAGGAUGUCAACAACUUAUAAUAUAAAAACUGAUCAAAUUUUAAUUUGUGUUUAAUUUCCGAUGGACCCACUUAAAUAGAUUAAAUUUAUAUAUAUUCUACUAUUAGUUUGUAGAACUUUAAUUCUGACGAG